CUCGCCAUCUUGUCUUUGACGUGAGUGGACGCGUGCCAUUUAAUCUGAAAUUAAUAUUUCCGAUUUGAGUGUUAAUUUUACAUUUCUGGAAGUGCUCAACAAUUAAAAAGGCAUGAGUUACGGCAGGCCACCACCUCGGAUCGACGGGAUGGUGUCCCUGAAGGUGGACAAUCUGACCUACAGAACGACGCCCGAAGAUCUAAGACGCGUGUUCGAAAGAUGUGGCGAAGUCGGCGACAUUUACAUACCCAGGGAUCGUUUUACUCGAGAAAGUCGCGGAUUUGCAUUUGUCAGAUUUUACGAUAAACGAGACGCAGAAGAUGCGUUAGACGCAAUGGAUGGAAGAUUGUUGGAUGGCAGGGAACUUCGAGUGCAAAUGGCACGAUAUGGUCGACCAACUUCUCCACAUCGAAAUCGUAGUAGCCGACGUCGUGGAAGAUCACGCAGCAGAAGCAGAGAUCGCAGACGGUCGCGUUCCAGAUCACGUAGUAGAUCUAGGAGUCGCGAUAGAGAUCGUAGGCGAUCCUACAGUCGUAGUCGCAGCCGCUCACGUUCUGAUAGUAAGAGCUCGCGUGGAAAGUCUCGUUCUCGCAGCAAGUCUCCAGACAGACAAAAAGACAGUCGUUCUAAAUCAAGGGACUGAAGUAACUGAACCAUAUGCGAGUACGACUGUGAACAGAUGCACGUGCCGCGAGUGCAGAAUUAUCGUUUCUUGAGAACGAAAAGGUAUUCUAUUACCCUCUAUACCUAGAGCAACACUGUCGCACGUUCACAUUUCUUCUAUCACUUACAUAUUAAUUAUGACGACGCACUUCUUUGGGUUGAAAAAGAACCCAAACUAAUUUUAAUGUAAUGUAUCUAGACCAUGAGUUUUAACAAACUCAUGAAGAUUCUCGUUUGCAAGUUUUCAUAAUUAUUCUUACUUCGUUAAGUGACAUUGUCACAAGUAAAUGUUUACUUUGAUCAGAAGAAAGUAAAUGUAUUCUGUUUUUCACAAACAAUGCAGCUGUUGUAACAACUAAAACAGCAUCUUCUGAUCAUUGAAUUUAAGUUCAUUAUAUCCUUAAUAAGAGUUUUAGAAUGUGCACUAGCACUAUAUAUUUGAUGUUUGUUUCUGCUCUGAACGAACAAGUAGAAUAUUAAACUUUGAAACUAGAGCAGAAAACAUUUGAAUUUACACUUGAUGAAUAAAGAAAAAAAUUAUUAUUAGUUUGAUCGUAACAAGGUUUUUUUUUACGUUGAAGUAUAGUGUGCACAACUUCUAGUACUCGUCGGUUUAAGUCGGUUAUAAAUGAUAGAAGUUUCUUCCUUUCUUCCAUCUUUUCCAUUUCUUCGAUCUUGUUAUAACUAUUUUACGCCAUAUGGCAUAUAUAAGUAACAGCAGGGAAGCACCUAUUUCCAUAAAAUGCCCAUUAUGAAAUUGUUCGAACCAAGCAAGGUGGAUUAGAUAUUCCUGGAAAUACAUCAGGGUGUUGAUGUGUAAUGGUAUAAUUAGCAGGUAAUGUAAAACGUGUGCGGUCGAUUGAGUCCGACUUCUGUACAAAUUUUUGAAUUCAUUUUUAAAUUUCAAUAAUUCGCUGAUUUUCUAUUAUUUACAACUAAAACUCUGCCGAUCUUAAUAAACCAAAAAGAAAAGUUGAAAAUCGUGACACAUACGAAUUAUAGAAAUAAGUUCUGCGUUUCUGUAAUAGUAUACAGAUUUAUUUAUGUAAGUUUGCCAUUUAUAAUAAAGUGUAAUAAAAUGCAGAAGACGGAACUGUUCGCAUAGUUUUAGACAGUGAUUAAAUACUAAGUAUAUAACUGUAGGCAGUCCGGCCAGUCGUGCUAUCUCUAAAUUUAUUUGCUAAAACUCGUUUUGCAUGAUAGUCGAUUAUUUGAGUUUAAGUAAAAUUUCAUUAAUCUUCAAAUAGUAAUUUGGUAUAAUGUAAAACGUGUAAAUAUUACUUAUCUGUCUUUUUAACUUUCAUAGAGAUCUAUGUUCCGUAUAUCCAAAUGUUUAAUAUCUAUAAUCUUUUCAAAUUUUUCAAUAUUUAUGUAGUAUAUUUAUGAAUUUUGAAGUACUCCACCUAUUGAGAAUAAAAACAUUGUAAUAUUCACAAGUAAUAUUGUGAUCAGAAAAAUAAUAACAGUAACUCAACACUCUGUUAACAAAUUUUUAGUGAAGACCUGAUUAUAGUUGCAUAUGCUUCGAUUAAGAAAUAUUCCACACCUUAAUUGCUAGAAUAAUACUACUCGAAAUUUCCGCCGUAUUUCUAAAUUGAAUAUUAAUAACUCUAUUAAAUUUAAUAAAAUUCGAUUCUGCAUAGAAUAAAUGCUUUAGGAAUUAAUUUAUUAGUUCGUUUAGGUAUUAGAUUUCAAUAAAAAAAAAAGUUAAGAUUAUUAGAGUAUGGUUUAAUAUUAGCAUAUUUUCAUUUAUGCACAAUCGGUCGCGAACGUCAAUAUCUUCGAACAAAAGAAAAAAAAAAAAAUGUUAUCAAAAUCCUCACACACGGAUAUGACACGCUUAUUCGUUGUAACUAAGUUGUAAUUUUAUGGU